AUGAAUGCCAUACAGGAUGUUGAUGGCCUUUCCGAGUGCAUCGGACGGGCCAUCCAGGACCACCUUACCCGACUCAAUAUCAACAUCGUAUGGCCGCAACUCGACGGUCUUGACCACCCCAUCCUCCGCGUCGAGGCCUUCCUUGAAGAAGCCGACGCGAACCAUACAGCAAGAAUGCGGUCCGAGAGGAUUGCAUCGCGAACCGUCGAUCUGGCCGGCAUGAGGACACCCGCCCCCACGCAAAGUCCAGCAGCCGAACUCCACGACUACGAUGAGACGUCGUCAAUGGACGAGUCUUCUUUCCAGUAUGGCUCGCACUCGGCACGCCAGACCCGAGAAAAACACAGGGAAGGUACUGGUGGGCUGCGCGUGUCCCAGAACCAGUCUUCUUUCCAAGAAGAUCUGACCGAGCACCAACGGCAGAUGCAGGUUGAUAGCCGAAGUUUCCCCAAGCGUAAAAAGACAGCGUCCGAAAGCUUCAUCUUCCAGCCUUCCACUUUGGACAAAUUGAUUAUUGGCAUUUGGGAACAAGUGCACAGCACCUUCAACCUUGAUCCGAAAGCCAUCUUCGAACAGUUUCAGGUAACGCCCAAUGGAUCUUCAAUGGGCGUGGUCCGGCAGGCGCAGACAACAGAGCCACCUGCUCCCAUGGUAGUGCUCAAUACCACCACUACGAACACAAUAUAUGACUCAUUCAGUCAGAUGAAUGUCUUCUGCCGCAAGAUCACGCAGGCGAGCCGCGUGUGCCGGUCAAUUGAGCUGAUUGUGCAAGCCCACUGGGUCGAGUUGUUCGAGGAGCAGGUACAAUAUCGGAGCCAAUCGAGACCGGAACUGUCGACGACGAAGCAUAGGAAAGCAGUCUUUAUGGAAGCAUGUCAGGACUUUGACUGGUCAGAAAAGGAACUACGCAACAAGAUGGCCAUCUGGCGCGGCUACAAAGAAAUCAAGGAUGCCGCAGGGUGGGCUGCACUUGUCUUUGCUGGCAUGGGCAUCUACCGGUUCUGCAAAUACCGAGUGGGCUUCGAUAAAGAUGCAAUGCGCCGAAUGAAGACUCUAAGAAAACACCUCGAGGUUGCCGCCGAUACUCUGCACCCUCACUGGCGCCAGCUUCUGGCAAUUGUGGGCAAGUCCCAAACUCCCCAGUAUCCCGGACACCCGCACGACUGGGUCGUUUUUGAUGACGGAUCAGAUCCUGUGCCCUUACGCCAAACAUACCUUCAGCAAGACCCAUAUUUUGCUUUCGAACAUAUCGAGGAAUCAGUCAUUGACGAAUCAGUCUGGGGCUGCGAAGAUCCGCGUUGGAUGCCGCAAUCCAACGCCGUUACAGGACCAGGCGGAGCAUACAUCUGCGCUUUGUGCAACGAGACGCAAUCCGAUAAUCCGCAGGAAAAUUCUUGUUUCUGUUUCCCGUCCCUCUUUGGUUGCGUAAAGCGCAAACCACCACCUGUCCAAAUUCACCGGACAGCAGACGGCAGGAAUAAUGGUCUGGUCGCAUUGACCUCGUUCGAUCGUGGAACAGCAAUUGGCGAGCUCGUUGGCCUCAUAACCAACGGCGUCAGGCAUCUCGAUGUCCUGGACAGCUCGACGCCCUUGGCCAGUUAUCAGAUCUGGCAAGGAAGAGAAGGAAAUUUUACGCGCUUUAUCAAUCAUAGCUGCAAGCCUAACUCGCAGUGUUCUACGUUUACUUGGCUAGAUACGCAGAGGGUGGUCUUGGUCAGUAAGGGAGUAGAGGCUGGAAAGGAGAUUACGCUGGAUUAUGGGGACAAGUAUUGGGCUGGACUGGAUAAGAGCUGUCUUUGCGGGGAGAGUUGCUGUAGGUAUAAGAGAGAUGGAAAGAUCAGAGCAUGA